ACUAAAACAUACUUGCAACCAAGAAACAUCCAAUGACCAGUCGCACCUAACAAUUCGACGCUUCUAGCACAACCAUGGGUGCCGCGGCUUCAGCAACUCGCCCACACUCGGCUCUUCUGGCCGCUGUCAAGCGUGCCGACCUGCCUGAGAUAACCAGAUUAGUGACAGCCACACCGUCGUUGCUCGGACCGCUCUCGAACUCGCCUUUCUCGUCUCGCUUCUGCGCUCUUCACGUCGCCGCUGCUCGACCGGCCGCGGAUACGUUGCAGCUUCUCCUAUCGCUUGAAAAAUACUUUUCUCGGCCGUCUGGCUCGGCCGCGCGCCAGCACGAGCUGCUGAAUGGACCCGAUUCUCAUGGGAAAACGCCUCUGCACGUUGCUUGCGAGUCUGGCUCGCUGGAAUGUGCUCGUCUUCUACUUGCAGAGGGCUCGGACCCCUGGCUCCAUGACCACACGGGCAUGACGCCCCUUCACCUUGCCGCUUGGGCCGGCCGCGCGCAUGUCGUCGCUCACCUGUGCGCUUGGUCGGCCGAGCACGCGUCACAGCGCCGCUCGCUGGUCAACCAGGCCUGCGGCCUGGGCGCGCAGCUGACUCCCCUCGCGCUCGCCUGCGCGCGCCGACACACGGAGGUCGUGGCCGUCCUUCUGCGCCAUGGCGCCAGCGUCACGCAGCGCGGGCACUGCGUGUGCCUUGGCACGCGGCUGCCGUACCCAGGCCUGUCCCAGUAUGGCCUGCCAGCCUCUGCCGGCACGCACGCAACCGCCCUGCACAUCGCCGCGGCCGUGCCCGACAACGCGGCAGUGGUCAAGCUGCUGCUGGGCUAUUACCUGGAGAACGUGCUGGUGCGCGCCCGCGCGCCCAUGUACGACCCCCGCCUGCAGCGCAACGGCGAGGGCCAGCGCGCGCUAGAGCUGCACGUGUCAGCAUCGCUGGCCGCGGCCGCGGCGGGCCGCAGGCAGCGCCAGGUGCAGCCGCCGGCGCCCUCUCCUUCCUCCAGCUCUGCACCGGCUUCCUCGAUGGCAGCGGCUGCAGCCACAACGACUGCUGUGCAGCAGCAGGUGUCGCUGGCUGCGCUGCUGGACCCCAAUACUCUACUGCAGGACACGCUGCCCGAAGUCUCGCGCGCCGCUACCUCUCUGGUCGGGCACCGCACGCUGACCAAUGGCAGCGUUCCGACACUCCAGCAGCUAGCAGCGGCCGCGCUUGCGGGCCGGCUUAGCAAGUCGGUUGAGGCCGCCUCAGCUGUGCAGUCGCAAAGUCCCGCUGUCUGCCUACCGACGAAGGUUUGGACCAGCAGUGCGUCCGUGCCUCUCUGUGCUUCCCCGUCCCUGCCCGGCUCAGCCGGCUGCAGCAGGAGUAGCAGUGGGCGCAGCAGCGCCGGUGGCAGCUCCUGUGCGAGCCCCACUGGCAGCAGCUGCAGCGUCAGCAGCCGCAGCAGCAGCAAUGGUGGAAGCACCAGCGCUGAUAGCAGGCACAGCUCAAAGCUGUCGGUGUCGGGCGGCAGCGUUGACGCCGAGUUGGAGGAGCAGUGCUGUAUCUGCAUGGCGGAGGUGUGUACGGUUCGGAGCAGGGGCUGCAGCCACGGCGUGUGCUCAGGCUGCGCCAAGCAGCUGUGCAAGCAGGUCUCUGCAAAGCUGGCCCCGUUGCGCUGCCCCUUUUGCCGGGAUGUGGUCGCGGGCUUUGUGUCUUGCUAGGUUGUCGUAGGGUCUGGCAACGAGCAGGUGGGUCUCAGAUUGACUGGGCUGGACGUUUAGACACGACGUUUAGAGUCUUCAGGCGAUACGGCCUCGACGGAUAGCGACUUGCUUGUGCAUUAUACCGUAGAUAGUGUACCGUGAGUAGCUGGCACCAACAGUGCUGUGUCUUUGCGAAGUGGUGAGCUGGGGGCUGAUGUCUGCUGGCGGGUUUUGGCUACACGGGCGCAUUGCAAGUGGGCUCCGUUUGGCGUGCAGCCUUCACAUGAUUUAUUAGCGUGCUAUAUCAUUCAUUAAUUUAUACAAUGACAUACCGUAAGCUUGGUUUGCGAUGGGUCAGUGUUUAAGGCAGGUUGGUGAAGUCCCGCAGGCAUACCGUAAGCUUGGUUCUGUAGUCUUGGUUUGAUGUGCCCAAGCAAGGGCUGGGUGUGCCUGUGACGUGCAGGUUCUCCCCGGCUUCUGCACACUUGAUGGAUGCAGGGUGGAGAGUCUGGAGACAGGAACUAUGUAGUCCAUCAAGACCUGUAACAUGAUAGUGCGGAGCACUGGAGGUCCCUGUCUCCCAGAUGUGGCAAGUUGCCGGUGCUUGCAGAGUCGCUCACAAUGUAAGUCAGCACGCCA